CCAGGGUCGGGUCUCUGGAAACCGCCCAUUCAGGGGCUCGGGCAGUAGGAAUGCCUUCAGCGCUGUCCAGUCAGGGCGGCGGGGCGAGGAGCAUUCUCCAAUCAGGAUCUCGUUGGAAGGGAGUGCCCGGAGCACGGCCCAAUCAGGGCCGGGGGUUGGCGCGCUCCAGCCCCAGUGCGCGUCGUUCCCUGCAGGCCGUGGCGCUCGUGAGCACCUGCCCCGCGGGGCCCCGGGUGUCUGGUCUCUGUCGCUUUCACCUGCCCGGGCCGCGGGUAGGACGGUGCGAGAGCCCGGAGCGGCGCGGAGAUGGACUCGGUGGUCUUUGAGGAUGUGGCCGUGGACUUCACUGUGGAGGAGUGGGCUCUGCUGGAUUCUGCUCAGAAGGAGCUGUACAGAGAUGUGAUGCUGGAAAACUUCAGAAACCUGGCCUCAGUGGAUGAUGACACUCAAUUUAAGGCCAAUGGGUCUGUUUCUCAGCAGGGUAUUUGUGGGAAUAAGAUACCCAAGGAACAGAAAAUAUCGAAGUUCACUGGAAGUGAUUCCUGGGCCUCCGUCGUAGGAAGAAUUUGGGAAGCACUUAGCCUUGGAGAUCAGCAUACAGACCAGGGGAGACAUCCGAGAAAUCCUGUGGUGGAGGGACUCUGUGAAAGUGCUGACCAGCGUGGGGAAGGCCUCAGUCAGCAAACUGCGGUCAGACGGUAUGAAUGCAGGGCAGGCGGGAACGUCUUCGCGUGCCGCUCAUCCCUCAAGAGUCAUGGCGCUGUUCACGCUGGACACAAGCCGUAUCAGUGUCAGGACUGCGGGCAGGCCUACCGCUGUCGUUCACACCUAAGAACACACUUGAGAACCCACAAUGGAGAGAGACCCUAUGCCUGCAAACUGUGUGGAAAAACCUUUCCACGAACCUCUUCCCUCAACCGGCACACGAGGACUCACACUGCAGAGAAGACCUGUGAGUGUCAGCAGUGCGGGAAGGCCUUCAUCGACUUUUCCAGUCUCACGAGUCACGUGAGAACUCACACUGGAGAGAAGCCCUAUAAAUGUAAGCACUGUGGGAAGGCCUUCAGCUAUUCCUCGACCUUCCGACGACACAUGAUCACACACACGGGGGAGAAGCCCUACAAGUGCGCAGAGUGUGGGGACGCCUUCAGCUAUUCCUCGACUUUCCGACGACACAUGAUCUCACACACGGGGGAGACACCACACAAGUGCACGGAGUGUGGGGAGGCCUUCAGCUACUUCUCAGCUUUCCGAAGGCACAUGAUCACACACACUGGAGAGAAGCCCUAUGAGUGCAAACAGUGUGGGAAAACCUUCAUUUAUCUCCAGUCCUUCCGAAGGCAUGAGAGGAUUCACACUGGAGAGAAGCCCUACGAAUGCAGGCAGUGCGGGAAAAGCUUCAUUUACCCCCAGUCGUUCCGGAGACACGAAAGGACGCACGGUGGGGAAAAGCCCUAUGAGUGUGCCCAGUGUGGGAAGGCGUUCAGCCACCCCUCCUCCUUCCGGGGCCACACGAGAGUGCACACUGGAGAGAAGCCUUAUGCGUGCAGCCAGUGUGGGAAGACUUUCAACUGGCCCAUAUCCUUACGAAAACAUAUGAGGACACACACCAGAGAGAAGCCCUACGAAUGUAAGCAGUGUGGGAAAGCCUUCAGUUUGCCUGCUUGCUUUCGCGAGCACGUGCGGAUGCGUCCCGGAGACGAGCCGUACGAAUGCAAGCUGUGUGGGAAGGCCUUCUCCUGCCACGUCUCCUUACAGAAGCACAUGCGGAGGCACACCGCGGAGAAGCUUUACCAGUGCAGACAGUGUGCGAAAGCUUUCAGUUGGCCCGAACUUCUGCAGCAGCACGUGAGGACACACACGGCUGAGAAACCUUACGAAUGUAAGGAAUGUGGAAAAGUCUUCAAGUGGCCAUCAUCUCUGCCGAUACAUAUGAGGAUGCACACCGGGGAGAAGCCAUAUGCGUGUAAGCAGUGCGGGAAGGCCUUCAGUUGUUCCUCAUCCUUAAGAAGACACGCGAGAAUACACACUGCAGAGGCACGCUACCUCCGUCACGUGGGAAGUCCUCCUGGGAGUGAACUGACGCACGGUGCUUCAGAGAAUUCCCGUCAGGAGAGAAACCCAAGUAAAGCUGUAAAUCUGGUGUUGCCUUUGUGAGUACCUCAUCCUUAAAGUGGACCCACAGGGAGUGUGUAUCCAGUUCUUUUGCAAACGAACAUUCAGAUGAAAAUUAAUUGUCAAAGUCCUCAGCUCUAGUACAGUUUGCAGGUAGUGUUUUUUCUCAUGGUUUAGGAAAUCUAGUUUGUUGGAAUCAUGGGUGAUUGGAAGUGUAUUUUCAAUAUGUGAGUAGUUUAAAACCUUAGUUGUUUAAAUUGCUCUCUGAGGGGUUAUUGGAACAGUGACACUGUGGUACUUGGGAAUUUCUUACUGGCGUGGUAUGGCGGCUGCUGGAUAAUCGCCCGUGGUGUUGAGAGUCUUUCUUUAGGCCCAAGGAGGCUCGUUCCAGUUUUCUUAUAGUCGGCAGGAAUGUGUAAUUACGCAGAGUAUCGUGUGAAUUGUUACUUUGAUCGCUUCCCCUCUGCGCUGCCCUUGCUUGUGGUUGGGAAUUGAAAAACAGGUUUUCACUUGAGACCCUUGUGAUGUGACCACGAGACAGAGUUUGGGACUGUGUCAUGUUGGCAUGGGUAAUGCUGGGAUCUGCACUUCCCAGAACCCCUUCCCACGAUCCUGCAUCCAACUUUACUGGCAGCCUGUUGGCAUGAGACUUGGAAGGGCGGGUGCGAAGCCAUUCCCAAGCUUCUGGAGUCACAGUAAAGUAUCGUGGAGAGAAGCACAGGGGCUUCCUGGGUGCCAGCUUUCAGCCCAUCUGAUCAUUGGCUCUCCCUCUUACUAUUAAGAGUAUCAUGAAAAGAAGUGCCAACGACUUGAUUUCUGUUUUUCUCAGAGCUGCAGGCUCCCGUAAGUAUCUCCGGGAGCUCCAUGUGAAGGGUGCGCUCAUGUGGUCAGGCACUCACAACGUGGGUUUUCCUACAAACCUGCACGAGUCCUGCAGCCUCGUUAGUGAUCUCCGGUGCUACGAGCCCACUCCUCUAGACGCUAACGUGCUUUGUAAGUCUAACUUGUACAGCAAACUCCUUUUUCUCCGAACUUUCAGUGGCUCUCUGAUCCUGAUUCUGCCACGAGAGCUACACUAUUGCAGCAAAACAAAGCGACACACGGGACUUUGUUAGCCCAUCGUGCUUUGUGAAGUGCUGACUCAGUCCUACGCGAGAAACUCCUUCCUCAUAGAUCGGGGAGACGUCUGUUAACUCAGAACUGAAUGCAGCUCCUUGAUAGGUGUUUGAUUGUCAUGUUUGAUUCUGACUCAUUGCUGUGUGUUUUCUUUGCAAGCAGGAUCUUUGUUUCUUAGAAACACCUUGCAUACUGUGUUUUCAAGUCACUUGUACACUGUUAGCUCUUUGGGGCUGCUGGAAUGAAGCACCACAACUGGGUAGCUUCAGACAACAGGAAUUUUUGUCUCGCAGUUCAGGAAGCAGAAGUCCCAGGUCAGGCUGCUGGCAGGACCGCGCUUGCUCUGCAGGUCCUGGGGAGGAGGCAUUCCCGCGCCCUCCCAGCGUCUGCUAGUUCACUGGCUUGAAGGAAGCGAUACUGGUCUUCACACAGCCUUCCACCUGCGUGUGUCUGGCUCCUCGUGUGGGGUUCUUCUUACAAGGACGUCAUACAGAGUGGCUUAGGGCCCAUCCUAUGCCAGUAUGACCUCCUUUUAGCCCAUUACACCUGCAACACCCUAUUAGCAAGUAAGUUGUAUUCUGCAAUACUGGGCCUUCAACAUGUGGCUUUAGGGGAACACAAUUUGACCCAUAACACUCAUAAAUGUUACUCUCUUUUUCAUUUACUGAGAAUAUUUUUAAAUAUUCCAUUGCAGUUAUGGAUUUCAAGUCAACCAAUUCUGUUAAAUUUAAGCAUUGGGCAUUCUGAGUCAAUAUUACCUGAUCUGUACACGUUAAGGUAUUUUUUUUAUCAUGUAAACGUUAUUUUUUAUUGUUACAUACUUCAACAUUUGUCAUUAAUGGAUUGCUUAUUGUUAACAGUAAAAACUGAAGUAAUGGUUUUGUCAAUGCUCUUCAGCCAAAACCCACUGGGCCCACACUGGUUUGAUCAAAGAAAAUUGGGUGUAUUGAAUUAAAGCAAUCAGUCAGAGGUUGUUUAAAAGAAUACAUUUUUGGAUCUGGGUUUAUGUUUGGUGAGUUUAGAAGGCAUAAAUGAGCUACGUUAAAACUGACUGGUAAGCAAAAGCAGUCAGUCAUACUGCCAAGAAGAGGGGAACGUUUAAUCAUUUUUGUGGUUGGGAGGUGAGCUCCAGAACAUGAAGUGUCAACUUAAGUAAGGUAUAGUAGGAAAGAAGCCGUAUUUGACAUUCUCAAACAGGAAAAAAUCUAGUAUUUUAUAGGAAGGAAGGAAGGGUGGAAGCUUUUUGUUGUAAUGAUCCACAAAGCUCCAAGAGCCCACUUUACUUUUCACAGGUAUCAUUUCCACCCCUGUGGACUUCCAGCACUAGCCAGGGAAGGAAAAAAAUGUAGCAGUGUAACACCUUAGUGUUUUAAUAAAGACAGACAAUAUCUGAGAUACCUAAUUCUACAAUUUUUUUCACGCUAACUUAGUCCUUCGUAGCAGUGUCAGGUUUGGAAAAAUUUUAUAUUUGCUUAAUUUUUACUGGAAACUGUUGGAAAUUUUGAACACUGGAGGGCAAGUGUAAUUUCUGAGAACUCAUGGCACUUACACUUAGUGAAUUGUACUGCAUGCGUAUUAUAAAUAAUAGAAAAAAACAAUAAAACCUUCGUUUGCUAAGGGAAA